GAAGAGGUGCACGGCGAGGUUUGGAUUCAGCUUGUGUUUUUUUCUCCUCGCAGAGCUCCAAUGGCAGAAUCAGCAAAACCGGAUCACAGUGACUCAUCAUCAGGGAAAGAUGUCAAGGCUCCAAACAUAUUUGAAAGAGCUAAAGAAGAGGUCGAGGCAGUGUUCCACGCCAGCAGAUCGCCACACCACCACAAGGAAACUCAUGGGAUGAGCAACGACAUUGAUGAGAACACGCCAGUCGACGAAGUCAAGGGGCCGAGUGUAUUUGAGCGCGCGAAGGAAGAGAUAGAGGCCGUUGUUGGGGCGAUCCAUCCAAAGAAGGAUUCGGAUGGUCACAAAUGAUGUGACUUGGCGAGAUUACUCUUCAAGCAUCUGUCACAUGUAGGUCCAGUACCGUCGAGGUAUCUGCUACUCGUGGUAUGUUUAGAGAAGGAGAGCCAUCGAACAUUCAUGUGUAUCAGUGUUUGCUUUUAGCUGUGAAGAAAUUAACCUUAUAGAUCGACUAGAAAGUAUUGCUUGUAUUUUGAUCCUUUCAUUUACAUGGAAUCCUCUGUGGCUCGGGUAUGUUGAAUUUGAAUUUGAUAGGUCAUGGAAGGUGAUGGCAAUAUCCAUGGCUCCUUGCA